CUCAAUAUGCAGCUCUAGUUUCACCACAAAAGCCACUUUUUUCACUUAUAAAACUCUUGAUGACCACCUUAACCACUAGCUGAUUAUUUCCGAAAGCGGUCCAUUGGCUUAACCCUGAACCCUAGAACAACAAGGAGAAAGGAUGGGGAGAGGGAAGAUUGUUAUUCGAAGGAUCGAUAAUUCUACAAGUAGGCAAGUAACCUUCUCAAAGAGAAGAAAGGGGUUGAUUAAGAAGGCGAAAGAGCUCGCAAUUCUAUGUGAUGCAGAAGUUGGUCUCAUGAUCUUCUCCAGCACUGGGAAGCUCUAUGAAUUUGCAAGCACCAGCAUGAAAUCAGUUAUUGAAAGAUAUAACAGCUUGAGAGAGGAACAACAACAAUUGUUGAAUCCAUCAUUAGAGGUGAAGUUUUGGCAAAGAGAGGCUGCAAUCUUGAGGCAACAACUACAGAAUUUGCAGGAAAACCACCGGCAACUGAUGGGUGAACAGCUUCAUGGUUUGAGUGUUGAAGACCUGCAGAAUCUAGAGAACCAACUGGAGAUGAGUUUGAGGGGUGUUCGUAUGAAAAAGGAACGGAUAUUAACUGACGAAAUACAAGAAUUGAGCCAAAGGGGUAAUGUCAUACAUCAGGAGAAUGUGGAACUGUACAAGAAAGUAAAUCUUAUGCGCAAAGAAAACAUGGAAUUAUACAAGAAGGUUUAUGGAACAAGGGAUGUAAAUACAUCAGAUGGAAAUGCCUUAACUUCAUAUUGUUUUGACUCUGGAGAGGGUUCACAUGUCCCCGUUCAUCUUCGACUAAGCCAACCUGAGCCACAAAAUUAUGACACACCAAAUAGAUCUAAGGAUUAAAGGUAAACACAGUUUCUGUAUCAACUAGAAAUCUUUUCAUGUCAUCAUCAAUCUAAGUAUAUUCCAUGAAACUGCAGAAGCCCAAGAAAGACUGUUGCGAGGAAAUCGGACUCAUGUUACUUCAUCCUCAACAAACCUCAAGUCUACAAGAAAAUUAUUCUUGGCAAGAUGAUCUAGAUAAAGUAUAAUCAGUGCAAUGACCAGUCUGACAUUGUUUGUGGCAGUACAAUGAAAUCACUAUAAGUUAUCAGAGGACGAGGAAUCCAUGUACGUGCAAAUCAAAAAGUUAAAUAAAAUAUUGUUUGCACAAAACUAUCUCGUCCAUAAAAAAAAAUUAACCAUUUUUAAUGAGAUCUACGUGUUCUUAUACUGUGUUCGCUAAAUUUUCGAAUGAUUAACAAGUAUUAGAGAGAUUGAAUAACAUGAAAUCCCUUUGCUUGACAUGUUUCUACAAACUGGAAUAAAAACUUAUUUUGGAAGAAAAGGGGGAGGAAUAAAAAAUAUAUCAGGUUACUUUCUAGAGUGAACAAAGAAGGGAGAGGACAGAAAGAAGCUUCAUUGCUUCAUAUUUUUCACCUUUUGCAUGAUAGGUUCAGUCUUUUACAUUUUUUGUUUUCAAUGUAGUCUGCCCGAUCCUACAGCACAAAGACUUGACUUCAUCUUUCAGAAAAAUACAUAUCAAAGAAGGAGGCUCAAACUGUUAAAUAAUUUGAAACUAUAUCUUAAAUUUUUUCUUCCUCGAACUUCAUGUCACCACAUCAGUUUAAUAACAUGUGGGCAGCUUCUUCCUCGCAGCCAGAGCCACCUCUUGUCCUUAUAAAGGUCUGAAUUAGAAACAAAUCAAUUCUCCAUGUUGCAGCCUCCCAAUGUAGCUGUACUUAACUGAAGUAGAGAAUGAUCAAAACCAAUAUUCUUUUAUCUUUUGCAUCACAGGUUGUACCUAUCUUCUCAAACUUCCAAAUUGUUGAAAUGCAAUGCCAUCAUUUAGGAAUGGAUGACAUAAAAGUUCUUCUGAAAGUGAACUGACAAGUCACCGGCAUUGAAUUUCUAAAUUGCAGGGAGUCCACAUAUGCAACUUCCACACAAAUAAAAUUUGAAAGAAUUUCAAUUUACUAGUCAUAAGAUAAACUGCCAUAUAUGAUACUGCUGCACCCAAUAGAAUACGUUGAAUGAACCAAUGGCUUCAUCAAUCUGGGCCUCACUAGGAAAUAGAUAAAGGAUGGCAGCAUGGCACCAUACUAGGUUGUGAAUAUAAGUUUAAUCAUGGGAUCAAAAAAAUCUGAAUGCCCUUUGAGAUGAAAACAAACCCUAAAUUAAAACUAAUACAUUUGUACAUAAGGGUGACCAGUUUGCUAAAGAGUUGAAAUAGAAGUUUUAUAUAUUGGAAUUAAGCAGUCUCGGCCAAAACUAUCAAUUUAAAGAAACAGAAAAAAGAACCACUUUUUUUUUCUGAAAGAUGACGGUUUAUUCCUCCUUUAUCCGUGAUGCCAUAGCAAGUCUUAAGCCUUUUAAGCUAGAGACUCUAAUGG